GGGAAAGGCGAGCGUGAGCUGCCUCAAAUGCUUGGAAUAAUUCCGCUUCCGUUUGGAAAGCCGCAGCCUCAGUCCCGCCGCCGCCCGCCGCGUCCGCCCAGCGCCUGCUCCGCGUCCCGACCGGCCCGCGGCUGCCCGCGCCGCGCCAUGGCCACGUCCCCGCAGAAGUCGCCCUCAGCCCCCAAGUCCCCCACUCCCAAGUCGCCCCCUUCCCGCAAGAAAGAUGACUCCUUCUUGGGGAAACUCGGAGGGACUCUGGCCCGGAGGAAGAAAGCCAAGGAGGUCUCCGAGCUUCAGGAGGAGGGAAUGAAUGCCAUCAACCUGCCCCUCAGCCCGAUCCCCUUCGAGCUGGACCCUGAGGACACGAUGCUGGAGGAGAAUGAAGUACGAACGAUGGUGGACCCAAACUCACGCAGUGACCCCAAACUUCAAGAACUGAUGAAGGUAUUAAUUGACUGGAUUAACGACGUGUUGGUUGGAGAAAGAAUCAUCGUGAAAGACCUGGCUGAGGAUCUAUAUGAUGGACAAGUCCUGCAGAAGCUUUUCGAGAAACUUGAGUGUGAGAAGCUGAAUGUUGCUGAGGUCACCCAGUCAGAGAUUGCUCAGAAGCAGAAACUGCAGACUGUCCUGGAGAAGAUCAACGAAACCCUGAAACUUCCCCCCAGGAGCAUCAAGUGGAACGUGGACUCUGUUCAUGCCAAGAGCCUGGUGGCCAUCUUGCAUCUGCUGGUUGCUCUCUCUCAGUAUUUCCGGGCACCAAUCCGACUCCCAGACCAUGUUUCCAUCCAAGUGGUUGUGGUCCAGAAACGGGAAGGAAUCCUCCAGUCUCGGCAAAUCCAAGAGGAAAUAACUGGUAACACAGAGGCCCUUUCCGGGAGGCAUGAGCGUGAUGCCUUUGACACCCUGUUCGACCAUGCCCCAGACAAACUCAACGUGGUGAAAAAGACACUCAUCACUUUCGUGAACAAGCACCUGAAUAAGCUGAACCUGGAGGUCACAGAACUGGAAACCCAGUUUGCAGAUGGGGUGUACCUGGUGCUGCUCAUGGGCCUCCUGGAGGGCUACUUCGUGCCCCUGCACAGCUUCUUCCUGACCCCAGACAGCUUUGAACAAAAGGUCUUGAAUGUCUCCUUUGCCUUUGAGCUCAUGCAAGAUGGAGGGUUGGAAAAACCAAAGCCACGGCCAGAAGACAUCGUCAACUGCGACCUGAAAUCCACACUGCGAGUGCUGUACAACCUCUUCACCAAGUACCGGAACGUGGAGUGAGGGGCUGCCCGGAAGUUCUUGCUGUUGGCAGACUGUACCACCCUCCGAACUGCCUUAACCUGCUUACUCCUGUCUCUUGCUCUGUGCCCUCCCACAAGUCCAGCUACCACCCAGAGAGACUGGGAAUUGAAACUAGGAAGGAAGGAAAUGAUCACCAACUCAGCGAGCUGAACCACACCUCCCAGAUCCUGGGCACUAACCCGGAAGUAAAACCUGGGAAGGUUGUCCCCAUCCUGGCGCCAGGUCCAGAUCUCUGUGUUUUGGGAACCAGCUUAGGCAAAAGAGAGUCCCCAGAAGAUGAAAAUAAAGAUCACAGUUCCCAUAUAAUAACGGGUGUAAACUACGUGCCAGGCACCAUAUUAAGUGCUCUAAUGUACUCAAGCUCAUCAAGCCAUGGCACCCUUGGAAGUAGGCGUUAUAAUCCCUUUACAGAUGAGGAAAUUAAGGCUCAGACUUAAGUGACUUGCCAGAAGUUGGCAUUUUUUCCCUCUUUGAACAACAUAUUUACUAAUAACUAGCUAAUUACAUCACAUUCUUUGCACAUUCGAAAGUUGUGUGUACGUGCGUGCCGGUGCAUGUGCAAGUACACAGCUGAGUCUGAAAAGACAGGAACCCACUGGUCUCACCACUGGGGCAGGCUAGGUCAGGGCGCGGUGAUUCACACUGAAAUUGGCAAAUUGAAUUUGACCCAGUUAAUAAUGUGAGUGUGUGGCAGAGUCAUGUCCCUCAAAUCCUUUGUACAAAUGAAAAUUACUUUUAAUUCCUUCAGAUUUAUAAUAACCUCAUACUCUGGUUCCAGGGUGACAUUUGGAAAGGAUUCUGUUUAGAAUUAAUGGAGUGGCACAUUUUGCAGCCUUUUUGCUUGAUUGCAUGUAAUGGAAAUGCCCUAUAUUUUCCUGCAAAAUAAGUACUAAAUUCAUUAUCGUUAAGCAAAUGUACAAUAUACUCAGGCACCGCAGGGAGCUGGGCACGAGCCCACAUGAGCAUCACUUGGGAAGUAGGGCUCUUCAACAGGGACCCUUGAACUUUAAAGAAAAGAACUCCUUUUUGCCUUCUAAUUGAUCAUUUAGACUAUUCUGGCUAAGUCUGCCCACAUGCAAUUACCGGCUAAUUCAGGCGAGGAAAAAUGUAAGUCAUUUAGACCAAAGCCGAACGGUUUCCUUGCGUGGGUUACUCAAGGGCUUGUGGUUACUUGUAUCUCUUCUAUGUGAACCUGACUUUGAACUACAGAACUCUGGUGUGCCAGGGUGCUGAGUCCUGAAGGAAUAGAAAAGGAGGGAGGGGUGACUCCAGGGAUGAAAAUCAUGGGGGAAAUAUUUGCACAUUCACCAUAUGGGGACAGAGGCAGCGCUGGCGGUACUUAACAUGAGUACCCUUCAAUUGGCCAAGGCCUUGGGAUAAACAACUUGUACUAAUACUAUAUCUUCUUUAUAGGACUUUCAUAACUAUGCCAGAUAGACGCCAGCCUGCGUAUCACCCUGCACAAGUCUGUGACUACCUUGUCACUACUUUAAGCCCAUUGCACAAAGUGCAUCUCUGGUUUGAGGGAUUCAUUUUGAUCUGUAUCUACACCACCCAAAGUUAGACCUCCCAUAGUAUCCAAAACAUUCCUGUCAGUAUUCUCAUCAUUUCUUACUAGACUAUCUGCAGUAACUCAGAACCCAUAAAAUUUAGAUACACUACAUAUUUCUUUGGAUACUUUGCUCUUAGAAUUGUUACUCAGCAUAAUAAGCAUUUAAGAUACAAAGGCAAUGUACUGUCUUGUGUCAAUUUAUGUAAAAGAAUUCAAUUCUUUUUUAUAUAAUUAGUGAAAUAUUAUAUUUUUCCCCUUAGGAAACACUAAAUAAUGUGAUAUUUCUGUUGCUCUCCUUUAAAUUCCUGGUAGCAACUCAAGAUGAACAAUUGCUUUGUUUCCUUGAGCAGUGCUAAAGCAGGACGAACUAGGAGGAAUGCAUUCAUUUAAACAUGCUUUGCUAUACAGAUUUUGUCUCUCUUUUGUCUGUUUUUCUUAUAUUCAAGCUGCAAAUGUACAAGUGUCCUUAGUAAGAGCGCUCUUUUUUGUAUUUUACACAUACACUGUAGGAAAGCACAUCAGAACACUAGGAAAGUUUUUAAAUAACAAGUCUAACUUAUCAGAAAAUUGUGUUUGGGAACUGAGGUCUUUUCCUCAGCCCAGAAUCCCACAGCCUGCACCUGGCUUUAUGACCAUCAUCUCAUGUAGGCAUCUUCCUUUAAAUUCUGGAAUCUCCUACUUAAUAUACAACCAUGGUUUUGCAGGGGGAGGAAGGCAUCAGAACAGUAAAUAAACCAAACUUAACCCUCAUCUCUUUAAAAAAGAAACUGAGAUGAGAAUCAAGUCUAUAGGCUCACUGGGUACUUUUUUUUUCCUUUUCUCAUUUCUAAAUUUAAAUUCACCGAUAUUUUUAAUAGUUAAUAUGUAAAUGGUACAACAUUCAAAAAGCACGAAAAACCCAAGUCUCCCUCCUCCCCUCUCCGGCAGCCAUCACCCCUCCCCCGAAGCAACUGUUUUGAUCGUUUCUUAGGCACCACUUCCAGAGCUGCUCCAGGCAUGUAAAGAACAAACAUACAUAUAAAAUCUUGGGGUUUUUAAAAAUAUAAAUAGCAUAUUAUACACACUUAAUGUUAUAUCUUGGAGAUUGUUUUAUACUGGAUAUUAAAAGAAAUCCUUUCACAAUUUAAAA